AGAGAUAACACAAGAGAGCAUGGACUAAACAGUUCAACAGUAACAAAAUAAAGCCAUCAUUAUGAAGUGUUUAAUCCUUAUAAGUCUUAUUGGAAUAUCUUACGGAUUACCUGGUGGGGCUCCUUACUGCGCUGAUAAACCUGGUCAUUUUGGUACAUCACCACAGACUGGACCCAGUGGAGUAACUGCAACGACUGAUAUAGCUGAAGAUGGGUCAGUUCUCAUAACAGUUUCUGCUGAUCCACCCUUCAAGGGAAUACUGAUCACUGGAACUGCAGCUUCUGGUCAAUUUAUUGUACCCGCCGGUCAACCCCUUCACACUAUGACUCUAUGCAAAGGAAUCACUCACGAGAGCAGUGAGCUCAAGUCUGAAGUUAGUGCUAUCUUUGUCAAGGAUGACCCAACAGAAAAUGCUGAAUUCAACUUGAUAAUUGUACGGGAUUUCACAACCUACUGGACUGAUAUUCAAUUCAGCUAAAUUCACACUAAUCUUCAACAAAAUUAACUGAUCCUUUCAACCAAAAACAGCUGAUUCCUAUAGCCAUAAAAAUUUCUUCUACUAAAUGCAGUUGAUCCCGUCGUCAAAGAAACAGCUGAUUCCUUCAUCCAAAAACAGCUGAUACAUUUAGCCAAAAACAGCUGAUUCCUUUAGCCAAGAACAGCUGAUUUCUUCAACUAAACACAACUGAUUUCUUCGAGAAAAAAAUAGCUGAUUCCUUCAACCAACAAAAGAUGAUCCACUCAACCAACAACAGCUGAUCCCUUCGACCAACAACACCUGAUCCCUUCGACCAACAACACCUGAUCCCUUCACCAAGCAACAACUUACAACUUUCACCCGCAACAGCUGAAUGCUUAAACUAACAAUAGCUGACCCUCCCAUUCAACAACAGCUGAUAAGUGUUCCCUUCAACCAAUCUAUUUGCUCAACAACAACUGGAAUGUAAAAAAAAAAUGAUUUCUACAAAUAAAAUCUGGUUUUCCCAUUUA